CCCUGCUCGCGCGAGCUGGGUGUUUCCUGCCUCUCUCAGUCCGGGUUUGGAGACUCCGGCGUUCUCCGGCUUUUCAUGGAAGAGAUGUCAGGAGAAAGUGUGGUGAGUUCAGCGGUGCCGGCGGCUGCUACCCGCACCACUGCCUUCAAGGGCACGAGCCCCAGCUCCAAGUACGUGAAGCUCAACGUUGGCGGUGCCCUCUACUACACGACCAUGCAGACGCUGACCAAGCAGGACACCAUGCUGAAAGCCAUGUUCAGCGGGCGCAUGGAAGUGCUCACCGACAGCGAAGGCUGGAUCCUCAUUGAUCGCUGUGGGAAGCACUUCGGUACAAUACUCAACUACCUUCGUGAUGGGGCAGUCCCCUUGCCUGAGAGCCGCCGGGAGAUCGAAGAGCUGCUGGCAGAAGCCAAGUACUACCUGGUCCAGGGCCUGGUGGAGGAGUGCCAGGCCGCCCUGCAACAGAACAAAGAUACUUAUGAGCCUUUCUGCAAAGUUCCUGUCAUCACCUCAUCCAAGGAAGAACAGAAACUUAUAGCAACUUCAAAUAAGCCAGCCGUGAAGUUGCUGUACAACAGAAGUAACAACAAAUACUCAUAUACCAGCAAUUCUGACGACAAUAUGUUGAAAAACAUUGAGCUGUUUGAUAAGCUGUCUCUGCGCUUUAAUGGAAGGGUCCUGUUCAUAAAGGACGUCAUUGGAGACGAGAUCUGCUGCUGGUCCUUUUACGGCCAGGGCCGCAAGAUCGCUGAAGUCUGUUGUACGUCCAUCGUUUAUGCCACUGAGAAGAAGCAGACCAAGGUUGAGUUCCCUGAAGCCCGGAUUUAUGAGGAGACCCUGAAUAUUUUGCUGUAUGAGGCCCAGGAUGGUCGGGGACCUGACAAUGCACUCCUAGAGGCCACUGGCGGCGCAGCCGGGCGCUCCCAUCACCUGGACGAAGACGAGGAGCGGGAGCGGGAGCGGAUAGAGCGUGUGCGGAGGAUCCACAUCAAGCGGCCCGACGACCGGGCCCAUCUCCACCAGUGAGCAGGCAAGCACUGACUGCCCUGCCCUCCCUCCGUGCUACACUCAGAUCCUUUGCAGCUCCUGGGCCCUUCCGCUUCCCCUGGAGCCCUGGAGAGACUUUGUCACGAGCCAGAAGGUUGUUUUGAUAUUCCAAGGUGGGUUGGCUGUCGUUACCCAGAGGUGAAUUGUGCCCUGUUUUGAACCAGCUGUGUCCAAGGUGUCUCUUUCCAUGAGAUCCUGGAAGUCAGGCUUUUGUGGUUCUCGGAGGAAACGUGUGGAUGGGUGUGAAGUGUAUGUGAGAACCUUUGUCUACAGUAUUUAUUUUUUUGUGGGUGUUGAUUACCUGUGUGAACUUUUCAGGUGGCAUUCCCUUUGGGGUUCCGGUUGACUGCUCUGAGAGGGAUCCUGCAGCUGGUGGCCACCCGAGAUGGCCGUGCUCCCUCAUUCCUGACCCUCUACCCAGUGAUGCCGCUCCCACGCGCCUGGCUCACUGUCUCCAUGUCUUUGAUAGAGGUCCACUCUGCGACAGGUUUCCACCUCUAACUCAGUGAGGUGGUCGUGGAGAAGAGACCUGAUAAGCUUCAUGCCUCCGAAUGGGGGAAUCCUAGCACAGCUCUGGGUGCCUGGCUGUUCAGGGCAUCUGUUGCUACUAUGGCUGGUCUUUGAUCUGAUGCCUGCUGGGACCAUACCUGGCUAGAGACAGGCCUCUUCCUAGCUCCACACCCUUUCCAACCUCCCUUCCUCUGUUGACCCACACCAUGCCCAGGAGCCCAGCUGGCCUGGAAGCUCACAACCCACUGCCCCAGGGCGCCCGUGCAUCCUUGCCCCUAUGCUUCCAAAUUAGACAUGGCACCAGCCUCUUUGUCCUCCCAGCCUGGCAUCCUUGUGGGGACCCACCACACCAGCAGCCCCCUCUCAGAGUAGUCUCCCUGCUGUAAAAACUGCAUCAGCUGGAGACCCCUGUGUGUCGUUGCCUCUGAGUUUCACACAGGAAGGAGUGGCCGUCAGUGAGCGGGUGAGAGCAUGUGCAGACCCCCUGGGGCUGGUCAGUGUCUGUGGUGGCGUUUGCGCAAGGGACGUGUGACUGUCGAUGGGGACAUGUGCUUGUGGGCACAGGAGGCCCGCACUGGAGCCUCUGUCUGCUCGGUGGAGUGUAGGACGGAUGUCCUCAGUUACUACCUCCAGUCUCCUGCGCCUGUGAAGGGACAGAAGCGAGUGUGACUAGCUGGGUGGUUGAGACUAGACUAGGUAGAGUAGUUCGGGAGACGCGAAUGUGUAAGAAAGCAGUGGGUGGGUUGCUGUCUGCUUGGCCAAGGAAAUGUUACUGUUUUAUACCAAAGGUAUUCAUGUGAGCAUCCUUUGACACAAUGUACUCCAAAAAACGAGUUUCUAUUUUGAAAUGGUUUUUUACAGCUUAAACUUUAUUUUGAAGCCAGCAACAAAGACUACAAUAAAACUUCAAAACAAUCAUGACUGAACUUUUAAGAAACAUCCACCCAAUGUACAAUUUUUAGCUGUCAUGUGGAAACUUUCUUAUCUGGCCACCUGGGUUUUAUUAAGGAAAAGGGGGGCUUAAGGUGUUAUGAGAUUUUUUUAUACCGACGAACACCAACCCUGCUGUUCGGGUUGAACUUUUUUAGAAUGGUGAAGUAUGUCAGUCUGAUGUUUUCUGUAGGAGGAUGGAACCGCCAUCGUCUUAAGUUGUUUAAAUGUUUAUGUAAAGAAUUAGUUUGUGGAACAAUCUGAUUUUUUUUGGCUUUACACCGUAUGACUUAAUGUUCUGGCAGUCUCUCUACUUUCUUUCAGCUUUGCACCUGUAGUUUUGAGUCUUUGCUUCCCUGGGAUACAAACAGAUGCAUAAACAUUCCAUGUUAGCUGCAUGUAGAGCCAGGAGCUGACAAAGUGUCAGCUGGUCGCAGCAUGCUACCAGAGGAGCUGGUACUGUGCACACGAGGGCGAGCCAGGGGUCUUGCUUAAAAGCUAAGUAAAAUACUGGCUUGUUGUGUGGGGUUUUAUGAUCAUGUGACUACUUACAAAAGCGUAACAGCCCUCAGUGAUUGGUUCAGUUUUUUUCAAAUAAGUCGUCUGGUCGUGGUCCCGGGACUGGCGCCCGGGCUCCUGCCUCAGCGGCCGCCUCGCCCUCCUGCGGUGGGCGCCCGGUGCUGCCGGCAGCCGGCCUUGAGUGCGUUCACCUGUACUGACAGCAGCUGUUCAGGACCCAGGGUGAACACUUAGCUCCCCUCUGUCAUGUGCGCUAUCUUUAGGGUCCCCCAGUCCCUGUAACAUCUGUGUCACUACCCUUUUUGUCUCUGUGCUAUGAAAAACACAGUAAGCUUUAGCUGUAGUCACUGUUGUAUGAGCCUUUGUGGAACGUGUAAAAUAAAAAUCAUGCCCCUGCGUCUA